AUGUCGAUUUUGCUCCAAGACACUUCCCUGGUACAUUCGCGGGAUUAUUCACUCAAGUACACGACCGAGCGCUCCGUCGUAGAAGACAUCGAGUACAUCGGUGGUUCGGCCACCAUCGAAGCCUUUCGCCGUGGGGUGGACAUCCUCUUCUAUGUCAACUCCGCUCCGAGCAAUUUCCCUCACCAUGCUGUUUACCGCGACACGUUGGGACACGCCGCCAUGUUAGGCUUCUGGAACUCGGCGAUCGUCUUCGUCAUGGGUUGUACGGAAGAUCCUACGCUGGAAGCGUGGAACACUAUGGAAGCAGACAUCUUCGGAGACACUGUCAUCCUUCCAUUCGAAGACAUCUACGCUAACCUCGUUCACAAGUUUACGACGGGACUCUAUUGGAUGUCCGUUCACUGUCCCAACGUCAAGCACGUCAUCAAGCUCGACGACGACGUUUCGGUUCGGUUCGUCCCGUCCAGCUACGCGACUACCUCCGAAAGCGAGUGA